CUCCGCCUCCCCCUUCAGGACGUCUACAAGAUCGGUGGUAUUGGAACCGUCCCUGUCGGUCGAGUGGAGACUGGCGUUUUGAAGCCUGGCAUGGUAGUCACCUUUGGUCCCACCGGUCUCACCACUGAAGUAAAGUCCGUUGAGAUGCACCAUGAAGCUCUUCAGGAGGCCCUCCCUGGCGACAAUGUCGGGUUCAAUGUGAAGAAUGUCGCAGUAAAAGAUCUGAAGAGAGGUUUCGUCGCCUCGAACUCCAAGGAUGAUCCUGCCAGGGAAGCCGCUAACUUCACUUCCCAGGUCAUCAUAAUGAACCACCCUGGUCAGAUUGGCAAC